AGUCCCCACCAUGGAUGUUUAGUUGGUAACAAAAGUAAUGAAUAUGAUGAGAAAGAAAACACAGACAGUACAGUAUAAAGAAACAAGGUUUGCUUAAGGGUGGUCAAAUUUCAAAAUAGAUAGAUAGAUAAGGUGUUAUGAUGUUGAAGAGAUAUGUGCUUUGCUGUGUUGUCUCUCAUGCAUGUGGUUUUGUGUUAUUAUUCCUUAAUUCUGUGCUAUGAGUUUGAAUAUAUAAAGAGAGAGAAGGUAGCCAAGGAGAGAUAGAGUGUGUGAGAGAGAAGAAUAAUGGGAAGAGGGAGAGUGGUUCUGGAGAGAAUAGAGAACAAGAUAAACAGGCAAGUUACAUUUUCAAAGAGAAGGAGUGGUUUGUUGAAGAAAGCUUUUGAAUUAUCAGUGCUUUGUGAUGCUGAAGUAGCACUCAUCAUCUUCUCUAGUCGCGGCAAGCUUUUUCAGUACAGCAGUUCUGACAUCAGUGGAAUUAUUGAGAGGUAUCGCCAAUGUCGUUACAACAAGUUGUCACAGACUGGCAAUUUAUUUGAUCAGCAAUCACAGAGCUUGUACCAGGAAUUCUUGAAAUUAAAGGUAAAAUAUGAAUCUCUGGAGCGAACACAAAGGCAUUUUCAAGGAGAAGAACUUGAGCCCCUUGGCAUGAAGGAACUGAUGAACCUUGAGAAACAAGUAGAAAGAACUCUUGCACAGGCUCGACAGCUCCAUAUGAGGAAGCUCAUAACACGACAGGCAGAAUUAAGUGAAAAGGUGCACGAGGACCAGGAGCUCAACAAAAAGUUGAAAUCCAAGUUAAGAGAUGAAUUCCCAGACCUCAUUGCUGAGCACAACAACCCUAUUAUUCAUGAGUUGAAUGAAGUACAAGCCAUUAAUCAGUUCCAGUCUGAGACGGUCUUAAACAACACACGCAUGUUUGGGCAUCAUAAUCAGGAGGGAAAAGCAAGUGGUACAAGGCAACAAGAUGGUCAGAGCAGCCAUGACAAAAACAAUAAUGGUUGGCUUGUGUGAACCUUCGUUUUCUUCUUAUUAUGCCUUCCUUGCAUUCUGUAUGUAUUAUCAAAGCAAAACGUACAAUAAAUAAUUAGAUUUUGUCAGAAUUUUUGUUGUUAACUGAGGUGGUGUUAUGUUUAGUUUUUGGUUGAAAUUGCUAGUAAGUUUCAUCAUUUUUUUAAACAUUAAACCACCAUUAUAAUUUCUGACAAAAAAUCUAAUUAAAUUUCACAAAUUAAACUAUCAAUAAUGUAGCUAUAAUGUCACAUGGUUCAGGAAAAGCUUCUUGUUACAUUGAGCGCUUCUUCUGUCCACAUACUUUAAUUUGAAAUAAAUUU